AAAAUGUAAUGCAAAUCUGGUCGCUGUGGUAGUUUUCCAAGCAGAAACAUACCCAAUUUGCCUCCUACCUCAAAGUGCAGCGCAUCAGGGAACUAAAACUCGCCCUCCCUUUUGGCUAUCUCCAGUCGAGUACGGUUCGCGUCUGCGUCACACAGCACAGAUUCUCUGUGCGUGUGUAGUUCGUCCGUGCUGCUGGGUGACAGGUAUAUUGGUGUGCAGCAAUAGUUUGUAGGCUCUUCACUGGUCCCUCUCGUCAAGCGCUAGCGAAAAAGUGAUAAUUUAAAAUAAAAAUAAAAACUAAAGUGCAGUUACCAUUUUGAGUGCCCCGUGAAGAAUCUCCACUCCUUGCUGCAUCCUUAACAAAUUCAGGAGUCGAUGUGUUGUUCAUAAAGCUACACGAAACAGCGUUGAGAGUGUGCUUGCCAUAGUCGGUUCGAUGCAGUUCUAACAUCAGAAGUAGCAGCAGCAGCAGCAGCAUUCUUAUGCAGUUACCGGCGAUGGAAGUGAAAGGAAUGUAUAAAGUGCACCCCAAUUAUUAUCAUCAUCCCUCGAAGAAGACGGCCACCGCCGCAGCCAACAUGCGAUAGGAACGGUGGUGGUUGUACAUCACACACAGCGGCUCUCGGUAUCGGCAGUGCACACAGAGAAGUGCGAGGGAAGCACGGGAGGAGACGUCACCUUUUUUUUUUGCUUUUUUCAAAAGAACCGCCCAAGAGAAAGAGCGAGAGCGAAACAGUAAAAUCGAAGAGCAAAGCGGUGCAAUCAUCGAUACAGCACGCCACAGGAAAAUGUACCCCUACUGAGAGAGGGUGUAUAUGUGUGUGCGUGUGUGUGUGAGAGAGAGAGAGAGAGCGCAGCAAAAAGGAGGAACCCACUCACACGACGAUCCUGCUCUCCUUACGGUCCUGGUCCUUUUUCGCGAAGGCCACACAACCGACCGAUAAGGUAAAAAUAACAAAAGGACUUGUGCCAGGAGUAGCAACAGCAAAGAGAGCAGAGAGAGUGAGAGAGAAAGAGCGAGAGCUUGGCGCGUGUGUGUAUGUGUUGUGUCGCUGGGAAAGAUUGAUGGUGCAAAAAUAUAUUUUCGCCAACGCAACGGCAACUCUGCUGCAGCAGGAGCAGCAGCAGCAGCAGCAGCAGCAGCAGCAACAAUCAGAAGUGGCCAUUGCUGGCGGCCCGUCCUCGCUGCCCAUCCUCGUUCCUACAAAGAUCCUCCACGGAAGGUACUGAAGUUGCUUCCAAGGCUGCUAAAAACUGCCUUCGCUGCUCGUGCGUGUGGGCCAAAGGACCAGGCCAAGGAUUCGUAUACGUGAUCCGAGUAGUGAACCACACUCAUCCCUCCCUCCCCCCUACUAAAAUGCGCAGCAUGAUCCAGCCACACAGGAAAGGAUCACGGCGUAAAGUUAUCAGCGGCUGCAGCAAUCACACCGUCGGAUGUGCCCGAAAUACGCUCAAAAGCUUACUGCUGCUGCAUUGUGAUGAUUUAAACAUUCCUGCUUCUGUUGCUGCUUCAACCACUCCAGACACAACGGUCCAGCCCGCCACCAGCAGGAUAUCAACACUUUCCGCUCGCAGGCGAAGACGACGAAGGUUGGGCAAUGAGCUCGUACCGCUCGGGAGCCCCGUGUCCGACGGGGUCGAAGGAUGUCACUGCAGCCACGGCAAACGAACGGGAGGAGCUGCUGGAUGCAGUAACCCUAUCAGUCCCACCUCGAUCACCACCAUCACCACCAACACCACCCCCCUUAAACCAGAAGUUCUAGAACGAUAUCAGCAGCCGUCGUCGUCGUCGUCGUCGUCGGCGGCGACGUUAGUGUCUGUGCCCUGGCACCACAAAAGCAAAACGAAACUACUGUAUAGAAGCAUUGUGCAAAUAUGUUUGGCCUUGUUCUUGAUCUUAGGAUGCUGUGAUGCAGCUAAACAAGAAGUUUUACAAAGUGGAACGGGAUGUGCAUUUCCCAAGCGAUGGGAAGGUCAAUGGUUUCAAUCCGGUGUACAACAGCCAAUUACGAUAGAGGGAUCCACGUUAAGUACUAGGGGCCGGUGCAUUGCUAGCGAGGGCGAUAAGUUUUUACUAGUGAAUGGCAAAGGAUGUCACCGGUGCGUUGUAAUUUAUCAGAAGCAUAUAAACAUACUCCAGUAUAAAGAAAGUGAGUGUGAAGAUUUUUAUACAGGCCAGUUGAAUCCAGCUGCAAUGCCUAUUCAUAGCGUUUUAAAAAGUGAUCGGGGCUUAGCUCAUCCCAACAUGAACGGGCAUUCAAGAAUAUCGUCAUCGGAUCCGUAUAUGCGAUCCAAUGAAGAUAGCGACAAUUGCAUGGGAUGCAAAGGUCGCGAAACAUUGCAUUACCUAUGCGAACAAAUCCCGGGUGAUGCUCUACUGUACAGUAUGUUUAAAAUAAAUCCAGAGCCAAUUAAAUGUCCGCUGUCAGGAUCUUAUACGUUCACUUACAACCGAGGGCACGGGGAAUGCAGGUAUCCAGUGUCAAAUAUGGAAAUGUGUACAGAAGACAGUAGAUUACUGCUAAGUUUUCAGGCAUGCCCUGAUGUACCUGGGACCGAAAGCACGGUUGAAGAACUAACAUGCUUAGCAUGGUGGAAGGACGGCAAUUCACGCUAUCUGGUGGGUCUGGUUUCACAUCAUCAUGCCACUUCGAACGAGGAGCGCUUUAGGUGCUUCGUAUACGAGAAGCUCAGCGGCUCCGAUGCAGAGUAUAAACUGGCACAAUCCGGAGACGCUACCUGUAACGGUCUUGAGAGUGCAGAAGUUGGGUCCCGAAUAAUGACGCUCAAAAAAGCCCCCCUGAUGGAUCGGUGUGAUUUUCCGGUCUGGUUUAAAGGACCACGCUUCUGGCAUGCCCUCAUGGGCAGUGCGCAUUACGUAUUUGAUGCUAGUGACGGUUCGCUUCAUAUUAAAAAGCCUAAUGGGCACACGGUGGCUCGUUCGCUUUGCGAGCAAAUCAACAAGCAAACAUCCUCGGAAAUGAUGGUCGUUGUGCACCACACCAUGGGCUGCAAAUCUGGAUUCAUGUGUGUCAUGUUCUACAGACGAGAUACUCACGUAGCCGAGCUACAGAUGGGAACACCUGCCGCUAGGCUUGAAGAUGCAUGUACGACUGAAAACUUUGACGUGCAUCGAACACCGUUCGUUACUUUGUUAGCAAAUAACUCUGAAACGCAGCUUUGCCCACUGGAGGGCCAGUAUAUGAUGAAAGGUUUCCUUAUGCCCACGUCCUCUAUUUCGCGCCACAAGCGCAACCACAACAAUAAAGCCCGCUCGCACCGGCACUGGGACGUGGUCGGCUAUCGGAAUCAGGAGAGCGCCAUUGCCGGUAGCAACGCUGGCACGGUGGGCGGUAUCGUAGGCGGCUACAUAGGGCUGGAAGCGAAGCGAAGGUCUUUUCUUCCCCGAUCGCGGCGUACUGCGGCCGAUUCGAGGAACGACACCUCUACAAUUCUGCAUGGAGACAAAGGAGUGGCUACCGAUGGUACCGCCCGAUCACGCCGGGAAACGGCUGGAGGAUGUAACAUUAAUCACAACACUAACCGACAGCUGUUGGUUGGCUGUAGCGAAGAGAGCGUAAUUGAAGUUAAACCAAAAUGUAAAAUCGACGAUGAAGAAUUAUUUAUAUGCACCGGCCACUGGCAGGAGAACCAAACGACGUACAUUAUCGCUAAGCACUCAAUUUCCCAGCAUGGAGUAUGUAUCAGCUAUGUGCCAAUGGAGGGCAAUCAUGUACAGCUGUUCGUCGGGGACACCUGUCACCGUGCCUACAUGCAGUCGGGGCAGCACAGAUCGAUGCCAGCUAAUAUUACUAGUUACGGUAAAUGUGGUGAGGUGAACAGUUCGAUUAAACUCCAUCCGCUUCACAUCCGGCUUUAUUCCUUCAUCUUGUCUCUGCUGCUGAUAAGAAGUAUAUUGAGAUGAUUAGCUACAGCGUAAACAACUGAGCAUUAGACGUAAAAUCCGUAAAUCGUGUGUACUACAUUCGGUGCACCUGUAAGUGGUCAUAUUUGUUGUGUGUACGUGUAUGAAAUGUGUGCCGCACCAGGAAGACACUACAAUGCACGUGUUGGUCGACUGCUGGGGAAAAAAAAUCUAGAACGGGCGAGAGCGAUAUAGCGGUUUAGUCGAAAAUGACAAAUGACCAUAUACGUGAAACGACUUGUCUGUUGAUGCUAGUUCUGUGUAAGACAUCGGGAAUGUAUGGGAUUUGAUUGUGGGAGGGUAUGGGAUGAGGAGGAUAGUAGGAAGAGAAGGUGUGUGGUAGAAGGAGACAAGUAAUAGUGAGUACAUCGACAAAAUGUACAAAAGGAGAUAUGAGUGAAGCUAAAUUGUUUUUAAUUAUUAUUUAUUAAAUUAUGUUCUACGUUGCGUUUUUUUUAAAAAUAAUCUCUACUUGUUGUGAUACGAUAAACGGUAACAAAACCCGACCACUUGCCUGGGCGGUAAAGCACUACUGGACAGGAUAUGAUAGGAAUAUAGUCAAAAGAAAAAUGUGUUACAAAUUUUACUUGCCACCAGCCGUCAGUCGCGCAGAAAAAAGUCUUUUCAAAACGCGUUAGCUACAUUGCACUAUUGUUUUUCCCUCCAAUUUAUUUAAGGCAUAACACACGUGAUUGUAACGCUUUGUAAAACUGGCUAACGUUAAGAUGGUGUUUGAGGCUAACGUUAAGAAGGUGUUUGAGGCUAGCGCGACAGAGAGAGAGAGAGAGAGAGAGAGAGAGAGAGAGAGAGAGAGAGAGAGAGAGAGAGAGAGAGAGAGAGAGAGAGAGAGAGGGAGGGGGGGGGGAGGUGGCUGUUGCAGCGGCGAGGGUAGCGGCAAGGGUAGCGGCAACCAGUAUCUUUUUCAUCGUUUGUAACACAACAAAUGAUGAUGAGAUAUGGAAAGAGGGACAAAGUUGUGAAACUAGAGUAGAGUGGUACUUUUUUCGCAACCUAAUCCAUUGCUCUCCUACUACCCACUACCAAGGAUAGAGAAGAACAGAAGACGUGUAAAACCAACUGGAUGGAAAAACGAUAAAAAAGGCUAGCAUACAUUUAAACAAACAAACAAACAAACAAACAAAAAACCUAAUGCACAUAACUAUACAAGUAACAACCAACGAAAACUAAACCAAUUGAGAGGAAAGGAGCAACAGCUAAGACAAGGGAAAGUAAGGCGAGUGCUCUUGAAAAAGAAGGUGUAGCAUACGAAUUGUAAGGACAUUGUUUUACAAACAGGUAAGGACAUACAGCAAACACACAGACACACACAGGCACACACAGGCACAUACAGGCACACACAGAUACACACAGACAAACAAAGACACACAAAAGCCAAUAAGCGCGAGCGCGCGCGUGCGCCCGGCUGCCGCAGAAAUGGAAGACACUAUCACCCGCUACUAAUGCAUAAUAAUAAUCAUUCGUUUUUGAAUUAUGUAUCCAAGGUUUCCUAUUAAAAGUGAUUGUACAAUGGUAAUGACAAAACGAUGAGAGAUGUAAUUGCAAAGAAGCAUAAACAAAAACCUAUGCGCACCGAACGAUUUGUGCAUAAAAGACAACACAAGCAAAACAAAAAAACUCUAGAAAAUACGGAAAAAGGGACGAGAAAAGCGCAAAUUUCCAAGACGGGAUAGUUAAAAAAAUGAUGAAAUAAGUAAAGCAGCGCAUAUAUUAUAUAUAUACACACACACACCUAUAUAUAUAAAGUUAAGAAAGAAGGUGGAAUAAAUUGUGGGAAACAGGUGGUGAGAAGGGUACGG